UCGGUUUCCCUCCGCGGUUCCGAGCCUGUGUGUCGUUCGCGGCCCGCGCUCCCCCGCCGGCGCCUGGUGUUCAGCAGUACUACUGGGCCUCUGUCAGAUAUGGCUGUGGGUGACUAUGAGGAACUUCUGCAGUACUAUGAACUGUACGAAACGAUUGGAGCGGGUGGUUUUGCCAAAGUUAAGCUUGCUCGCCAUCUACUCACUGGUGAAAAAGUUGCAAUAAAAAUUAUGGACAAGCUCGCUUUGGGGGAUGAUCUGCCUCGUAUUAAAAUAGAAAUUGAUGCAAUGAAGAACUUGAGUCACCAACAUAUUUGCCGAUUAUACCAUGUGAUGGAAACACCCAAGAAGAUAUUUAUGGUUUUAGAGUAUUGUCCUGGAGGAGAGCUGUUUGAUUACAUAAUAUCCAAAGAUCGCCUUUCAGAAGAGGAAGCAUGUAUAUUUUUCCGUCAGAUUAUUUCAGCAAUUGCUUAUGUGCACAGUCAGGGAUAUGCCCACAGGGAUCUUAAGCCGGAGAACUUGCUUAUUGAUGCAGAGCAUAAUUUGAAGCUGAUAGACUUUGGUCUCUGUGCAAAGCCAAAGGGUGGCUUGGAUUAUCAUCUGAAUACGUGUUGUGGGAGCCCAGCUUAUGCAGCUCCAGAGUUAAUCCAGGGCAAAGCUUAUAUUGGCUCAGAGGCAGAUAUUUGGAGCAUGGGGGUAUUAUUGUAUGCUCUACUAUGUGGUUUUCUCCCAUUUGAUGAUGACAAUGUCAUGGCUCUCUACAAAAAGAUAACGAGGGGAAAAUAUGAACUUCCCAAGUGGCUGUCUCCUAGUAGUACACUACUUCUCCACCAAAUGUUGCAGGUGGACCCAAAGAAGCGAAUAACAGUUAAACAUCUACUGAAUCACCCUUGGCUGAUGCAGGGUUACUCCUAUACAGUUCCAUGGCAGAGUAAAUACCCACUUGGACAUCUUGAUGAAGACUGCAUAACAGAACUUUCAGUGUUUCAUAAACGCAGCAGACGAAGUAUGGCUGAGUUGAUUUCGGAGUGGAAAUACGAUCAAAUGUCAGCAACUUAUCUUUUGCUUCACUCUAAGAAAACUCAUGGUAAGCCUGUUCGUCUCAGAUUUCAGUUUCCAGCAGUAGAAAGCACUUGUAUCACACCAUCCAGCGAAUUAAAGUCUAAAGAAAACCUGACUUGCAGAGAUGGGCCAGACUGUAGCAAAGCACCUUAUGCACUUGGAUCCAUAGAGUUUUCAGAUCUGUUUUUUGAAGACUCUUCAUCUGAAGACUUUGCUCUAAAUACACCAAAAGCAAAGCAGCAUUUGAAGCAUGAAAUAAAACUGGACAAUGGGGUAUUCACGCCUCCAGCUCCAGUAACAAGAGGAGUAGCAUCAAAGAACUGUGAAAACAAAGAGAAUUUUGAUGCAGAGUCUGCUUUAAUGAAUGAAAACAUCUUCACGUUUCCUGUUCUGAAGAUGUCGGCUUGUAGCAGUCAGAAUGAGAAAAGGAUACGAACACCACCAAAUCAAACCUUCAAAGAGAGUCAGUGCACUAAAGAGACCCCAAUUAAGAAACAGACAAACCCAGCAAAUACAGAUGAAUUGGCAGCAGCAGUCAUUAGCCCUGAGAGACGGUGUCGCUCAGUAGAACUGGAUCUUAAUCAAGCUCAUGUGGACAGCAGUCAAAAGAAAAAAAGAGCUAAAAUGUUUGGAAGCCUUGAAAGAGGUCUGGAUAAAGUGAUCACAAUGCUUACACCAAGCAAAAAGAAACAAUCCAUAAGAGAUGGGCCAAGGAAACUGAAGGCUCAUUAUAACGUGACCACUACUAAACUAUUAAAUCCAGACCAGCUGCUGAAUGAAAUAACUACCAUCCUUCCAAAGAAACAGGUUGAAUAUGUGCAGAAGGGGUACACCCUGAAGUGCAAAACACAGUCAGAUUUUGGCAAAGUGACAAUGCAGUUUGAGCUGGAAGUAUGCCAGCUUAGUAAACCUGAAGCAGUGGGUAUUAGGAGGCAACGGCUUAAAGGUGAUGCUUGGGUCUACAAGAGAUUAGUGGAAGACAUCCUGUCUAGCUGCAAGGUGUAACUUGCGGAUGGCUCACAUCCUAAUGAUCAAAGCCGCUGUGAACUGGUUUUAAUCAUUACACACCUUCUGGAAAAAACGGUUCAAAGAACUAAGUUUUUAUUUUUAAAUAGACGCUACUCUGUGAAUAAGUGACGUACCAAUCUGCAUCUGUCCUUCCCUUUUUAAUCAUGUAGCUUUGUAUAUUU